UUAAUAUCAGGCCCAACCCAAACCUAAUCGGAAACAAAUCUGUGAUACUCGGAGGUCGGAGGCUAACAACGCUCUGCGACAUAACAACCGUACCGCUUCACCUCCACUUUGGGGCGCAAGAGUAAGGUUCUGUAGUUAUUACAUUCAAUCGAGGAGAGUGUUGUGACAAGACUGCUUCGUUUACGGGAGGGACGCAAUGUUAAGAGAGUGGAGAGCUGGUAGUUUUGAUACGGUUCUGGUUGAUGGAAAGAUAGGAACUCUGGAGCCUUAAACGAUCGUAACAGCUCAUAGAAAGCAGCUUCACCAGACGCAAACUAUCUAUGAGUGAAGUUAGAGGUGGCCCAUAAGUAAAAAAUGGGAAUUCAUUCAUCAAUACAUUUCAGAUGAGUUUCGACAAGCUUGCAAGGAGAGCAUGUAACAUUAUCUCCUCCGUUUUCAUUCAACGCAGUAGCAUCUACAUUUCGACCCUCUUGAGCAACGAAAAGGUACAUACUCAUAUUUACAUACCUGUCAUACAUCACAAGUCCACAACUCUUAUAUGGAGAAUUAGCAAAAUGUGUAUCCAGUUUGCUUGGGGUGAGAACAAAUCCUAGAGAUAUGCAUCCACAAGACGAGGCAAAAAACGCUAUGGAUGCAUUCUCUAAAGCCUCUUACUUUGGUUAAACGGUUAGAAAUAGCUAAAGAUGCAGCCAGAGGUCUUGUGAACCUUAGUACAAAACAAAGUGUUACAAUCUAUGUUCCUACCAUUUUGAGGUAUCUGAUUUUGUUGGUUUAUGAUUGUUUUGUGUAGGAUUCGAAGAGCGUCGAGUCUGUUAAGUACUACUAGUGUGGGUCAUGCCAGGUUUAGAAGAGCUAAGGAACCUCAGACCCAUUUGUCUCAAAGCAUCUUCCUUGAUCCUGUUCACCAAAGAACAGAACCUCCACCAUCUCAGAAGGUGCUCCGGUCUGGUUUCCAUGAGUUGAGCACUGAUUCCCUCACUUUAGGGACCAGGUCCUUCAGUUUGAACUCAGAUGUAAAAGCAAAAGCGCCUCUCCUUCAGCUUAACCAGUCAAUCCAUCAGAAUAUGUUUCCUGAACAUCAACAGUUACAUGAACGCUUGGAGGCUCACCGUCAUCAGAUGCAGCAACAACAACAGAAACGUCAAGGUGAGAUUAUGCUAAGGAAGUGCAACGGCGGGAUAAGCUUGAGUUUUGACAACUCGAGCUGUACUCAAACCAUGUCAUCCACUAGAUCCUUUGUUUCAUCCCUUAGCAUAGAUGGCAGCGUUGCUAAUGUAGAAGGAAACAACUCCUUCCAUUUGGUAGGGGUUCAGAGUUCUCAGCACUCUAAGAGAAAAUGCCUCAUCAAAUGCGGGAGCUCUAGCCGAUGCCACUGCUCUAAGAAAAGGAAACAUAGGGUUAGGAGAUCGAUAAGAGUGCCUGCUAUAAGUAACAAGGUUGCAGAUAUCCCUCCUGAUGAUUAUUCGUGGCGAAAGUAUGGUCAGAAACCCAUCAAGGGCUCUCCUUAUCCCAGGGGAUAUUACAAAUGCAGUAGCAUGAGAGGUUGUCCAGCGAGGAAGCACGUUGAGAGAUGCUUGGAAGAUCCGGCAAUGCUUAUUGUUACUUAUGAAGCAGAGCAUAGCCACCCCAAAUUGCCAUCUCAAGCCAUGACAACUUAACUUUUAUUGUAUCUUGUGUGUGUGCCUUUGCUCCAUUAUUGUGUGAUAUAUGAAUCCGGAGCAGUGCCUUUGUUUUAGGGGUGUACUGCAAUAGUUGUUGGGUUUAGGGG